UAUGGAAGCAACGCGUAUUGGACAGUGCAUAUUUGUUACUACUAUAUCUUUCAUCUUACAAGCAACAACUGUUGGUCACAGUUUUUGCUCCGGUAUAUAUCUUCUACACUUCCAGCUGUUUUCCGAGUACCGUUCUACAGUAUGGUGGAUAGGCUCGCUAAAUACGGGUCUUUUAUUUGGUGCUGGACCAGUUGCAAGUUUGGUGGUUAAUCAAUUAGGCACUCGUUUCACAAUUAUUACUGGUGGCAUUGUUUCGUCUUUGGGACUCGCUUUGGCUACUUUAUCAACAAAUGUCAUUCACUUGUACUUUACCUAUGGUCUACUAACCGGUAUAGGAUUUAGUUUCAUCUAUAUACCGUCAGUUGUAAUGGUUGCUGAACAUUGCAAAAGAUAUGUGAAAAUCACCUUACCAAUAUCAUCAGCUGGGGUUGGGAUUGGAUCUUUGGUUUUUGCACCUUUAUUAACUAAACUUAUAAAUUAUUACGGUUGGAGAAGUGCCUUAUUUGUUUCAGCUAGUAUAAUGCUUCAGUGUUGUGUUUUAGGGGCACUGGUCAAACCUUUAAAAAAAUCGGUCAAGGACGAACAAGAACAUUCUAUUUUUCUAUUCAAAACGUCUGUCAAGGAAAAAAUUUACAAUACCUUAGAAAGUAUAGCAUCACUUUCAUUGCUUACUGAUGCCAAAUUUCUCAUACUCUUAUUAAAUAAUGUUUUAUGGAAUAUCGGAAAUCUUAUUUUCUUAGUAACCUUACCGGAUUACAAUAAAGCAAUUAAUUUACCUGACUGGAAAUCUGCUUGGGUGUUAUCUACUGUUGGUAUAUGCAGCACUUUAGGAAGAUUUUUUAUGGGUUGUGGCGCAAAAUGCUGUAAACGACACAUCUGGCCAUAUUUAAUACCUAAUGUGAUUUCCGGGAUUCUUUUAUUAUUUUAUCCUUUUCGUUUGAGUUACACAAUGAAUAUUAUCUUGUGCUCAGGUUAUGGACUUCUGUUCGGAGCCCAAAUAGGCCUUUUAGCUUUAAUAACAGUGGAAGAAUUUGGCCUAGAAAGGCUACCUGCUGCUUAUGGUUAUUGCAUGUUCGCGGACGGUAUUGGUGCUCUUAUAGGUCCUCCGCUGUCGGGUUUAUUGUACGAUAUAACACAUCAACAUGUGGUUUCGUUUGUAGUCGGAGGAGCCGUAACCGUAUUUUCUGGCCUAUUAAUAAUACUCCUACCCAUCAUUGAUAGACUAAAGCGAUCUACUACAGAAAAUUUAACAACUGUAGAAACUGUCGUCGACGCAAGACAGACUUAACGCAUGAUAUUGUCCACUAAGCGGCGAUGUCGAUUGGUUUCAUUUCGACCAGUUUGAACCAGUGACCGCAUUGGCAACGCUUCUGCUCACCUUUGUGAAGAUACAUCCAAUUUAUACUGAUAGCGUCUUCUUCACAAAUACAGCCAACUAAACGUUUUUCAUACAUAGAUGGAACAGCAACUGGGCUAUCCAGUGUACCUCCUGUUCUCUUAUUCACCUUCAUUUCAAAUGGAUCCUAAAUGUGAAAAAAAUUAGGUAAUUAUAUUUCCCAGUUAAUUGAAAUUAAUUUUUAAAAUGUUUCCGUUUGAAAAACUAAUAAACUUUAAUAUUAGUCAACAAUAAAAAUACUUCUUCAUAUUAACUGCUAUUCGUUUAACAACUUCGCGGAAUAAAAUAUCUUGAUAAGUGACCAGUUAUACUUACUUCAUUUCCGGCUAAGCGGGCC